AUGGAAGAAAUCGAAAUUACGUCCCCUACAACUGAUACCACAAUUUCGAACGUCUGCGAUGACAAAAUUGAACGCGUAACGCUGAGCAAUAUUUCGUAUGAUAUUUUUUUUCGAAACUUUAUCCAACUAAACCGUGCCGUUGUUGUUGAAGGAAUUGCAACCGAUUGGGAAUGCUUCCGGCGCUGGAUUGAUUGGUCCGUGAUUCCAUCGAAACUCAAUGUCACGUAUUUGAAAGAGAUUUUGCCGAAUGUUCCUGUACCGGUGGCGGACUGUGGAAAGCAGCGUUAUAAUUCGCACGAGAAAAUUGAGCGAUCGCUGUUUGAUUUCCUGCGAUCUUGGGAGUACGAUGAAACGAACGGUGACGGCUCGUCGAUGCCGGAAGUACAGCGCAAUCGAUACUACCUCAAAGAUUGGCACCUUCGCAGUGAAUGCCCGAAGUAUAACUUCUAUCGCACACCAGCCCUCUUCGCGUCGGAUUGGUUGAACGAGUAUCUCGUCGAAACUGGUUCCGAUGACUAUCGCUUCGUGUACAUUGGACCGAAAGGCACGUGGACUGCGUUCCAUGCGGAUGUCUUUGGAUCGUACAGCUGGUCUGUCAACAUAUUUGGCCAGAAGCAGUGGUAUCUAUUACCACCCGGCGAGGAACAAAAACUGCUCAAUAGUUUGCGAAAUCUACCUUUCAGCAUCACGAAACAAAGCCUCCAAGAUGCCGGUGUGUCGUUUUUCUCCAUUCUGCAGCAACCGGGUGAAGCCAUAUUCGUACCGUCCGGAUGGUACCAUCAGGUGACAAACGUUGAGGAUGCCAUAUCCGUUAAUCAUAAUUGGUUUAAUGGGUGCAACGUGAUGACGAUAUGGAGCAAUCUUCGUGAGGCGCUGGGAGACGUUCAGCGUGAGAUUGAUGAUUGUCGCGAUAUGGACAACUUUGACGAGCACUGUCAGGUGAUGCUGAAGGCUAGCUUCGGUAUGGAUUAUGCUGAUUUUUUGGCCAUCAUACAACAUGUCUGUGAUAAACGUUUGAGGAGCCUUAAGGAUGGUAAACAUGUGGAGCAGAUUGAUAGUUAUGUGCUUGGAAGAAACCACGUGAUGUACGAUCUAAUUACAGUACGUGAACUGCUUACGGAGAUGAUGAAAAGCAAAUCAUUGGCCAAUUAUCCUGAUCUCAACGAUUUGGCUUUGGCUUGUUUGCAACGAAUUACAUCAGCGAAUAUUGAUAAUAUUGAUUAG